AUGAACCCCGCCAUUUCCAACCUCGUCCUCUCCCUCGGCGCUAUGCAGGUCGCUCGUAGGAUCCCAAUGGAGGACCCUCAAGUCGUCAACUACCUCCGUAUCGGCUACGUGUCUGCCCAGAUCAUUGCCUUAGGUAUCUACUACUUUAUCACCCUCAAGAUCCGGAGGAAGAACGACUUGACCGUCAUCAAGUAUGUCAGCCCCGCUUCUCCUACGAACCCCGACGCCAAGCCGGAGCUUGUGACUACGACCGUUAAGGAUUAUGAUUUGGCCGAGACCGGUAAAGCCAUGCGAAGCUUGCUUAUCAGUGUCGCCUUCAUGUGCUUCCUCCACGGUUACAUGAAGUACACCCAGCCGCUCUUCCUCCAGGCCAUCAUGGGUGUCAAGGGCGCUCUCGAGUCCAAUGAGGCCAAACUCCACGUCUGGAACAAGCCCGCCGAGGCCGAGCUCGCCCGACCUUUCAAGGCCGCCCCCGGUUUGAUGGAGCAGUUCACCGGAGCUGCUGCGGGUCCUCAGACCGACCAGGCUUCUAUUAAGGCUGCUGAGAAGGCUGGUGGCAAGGCCGAGUAA